UGGAAAAGUAACGCAGCGUCGAGUGCACGUUGGCUAGACCAAAUUGAGAGUAGUUCCCGUUAGAGACCGUCGCUGUGAGAGACAAUUCCUUCGACUUGUUCAAAUAAUGGUGUUGAUGAAACGUGCGACUCGUGUCUAAAUGAGUGUCGCUGUCAUCAUGGAGGGUUUCCUUCAUCAUAUGGCGCCGCAGUUCCUGCACCCUGCCCUGCAGAGCUUUGGCUGCGGGGCAUUCAGACCUAUAGGGGGUGCCUUUCAUCCACUUUAUCCAGGAAAAGCGUUUGCAAGGCAUCUAGGAGAGCAAUAUGCACUUGGACAGAGCGUUGGCCAAGCUCUUCGGUAUGGAGGUUGGUUACGACUUGCACAGAGCGUCCGCGAUGACAGCAGCACACCGCCACUGUAUCGGCACGGGUACACGGCGCGAGACGACACCAGUUCGCCGGGCUCCGCCGCUUCGGCCUCCCCUCGUCCUUGUAAAGAUGACGAGCCACCAACAGCCACUCCGUGCACCGACUCGCACGACUUCUUCUCGCCGGACGGCGAGCGUAAGUCGUCGUGUGGAGUGUGCGGCGCGCGACUGGGCCCGGGCGUUGCCCAGGCACACUUCCUACAGGAGCUGCAACACCUGUACAGUCUAAGUGCACUGCCGAGAGACGCCGCGGCGCCAUCUACCCACUCGCUGCACCACCAAGACGAGGACGCUCGGUGGGAAACAUAUCAGCGCAUCCGUGCAAAUCGCCAACGACGGCUAAAACUGCGCACGCGCAAACGGCACCACACGGUGGAGAGUAUGUUGGGCUACGACCUCGAGGAGGAGCGCCGCGAAGAGCGGCCGCGGGAGUCGCGCUCCUACGAUGCCGAGGACGAGCCGGUCGACGUGGAGGGCGACUCACUCGGCUGGCCCGACGCAGCCAUCAAUGUUGACGACAAGGACCAACGAAGCGACAGUGAAAAGCUGCAUUUGAGCUAUGCCGAGGACCUCGAGAUAUCGAGUACGAACGAUGCUAUGCAGUCACCAGAACGCGUGAGGAUCGAGACUCCUAAGCCUCUAUCGUUGGAGUGUGCAACCAAAUCUGGCGAGGGCUCGGAGCGACCAGCUGAAGUGUCCACUACUGAAGCCUGGGCCGCACCACCCGCGCACCCUUCUCACCCCACACAUCCUACACCCACCCCUCAGGACGCGUGGCCAGCGCUUGCUGCGGAAGCUUAUAUACAUGCAGCUCGACAUAAGAUCGAAGGUGAAAACCUGCCUUCUUCUACCGACUCCCGCAAUUGAACACGUUAUUAAGGACAUUAUUACUGUUGCAUGUUCCAAACAUAAUUAAAAAUUAAUUACUAAACUUAUUAUGGACUUACGAGGACAAUUAAAUAAUUUAACUGUGCGCAAAAUUUUAUAAUUUUCCAUGUAUACCCACGAUUUCAGUAUAAUUCUAUCUUUGAUGUUAAAUUGGAAGUGUCAUCGUAGAACUGCAUACAUUUGAUUAUUCUAUAAAAUCACGUCUGGCUUAUUCCAUAUUAUGGGAAAUUGUAAAAAGUUCAGAAACUUUCUUUAGGACCAUGGAGUUAACAGAGGUUGUUCUAAACGUCUUAAUUCUAUUGCAUGUCUUUCUAUUAGGUAUGUAAAUUCUUCAUUCGGCCAAAAUUGUAUUCCUAUUUCAGUCAAUUGCAUCAUCUAAUAUGAAAGACUAAAUAGUCAAGUUAAUCCUUACAAGCUGCAAUAUGUCAAGGUGCCGUAGGGUCCUCGUUCACUAGAUUCCACAAUCUAGAUCCAAAUGUGGAUCCAAGGUGCCAAAGUAAUUAAUUUUAACAUUAAUAAUGUUAAUAUCUAAUAGGUAAUAAAUUUAAUAUUAAUAAUAUUUUAAGACUAUUAAUUAUUUUUAGGAGACUGCAUUUCACAAUCAGUCUCAACACUUCAAUUUGUACUUAUUUCCAUUCUGUAUUGAAUGAUAAAAUAAAUUAGUUUUUCAACCGAUUUCAAAAGAGGGGGGGCUCUCAAUUCGGUUGUGUUUUUAUUUGUUACUUCAUAAUUUCGUUAUUUUUAUACUGGUUUGGAUUUAUUUGUAUGGGCAAGGAUAUUCUUUCUGAUUAAUUAUAAAGAAAUUGUAUCAAAAUUAGCUUAGUUUUUAAAUUAAAAUAACUGAUUUUAGUGUAAAAUGAACUAACUCGAAGAUUUAAAUCUCAUUAGUUUUGCUUAACGUGGAAAUGCUUCAUAUUGUCAUUGUUGUUAGUUAAUUUCUACUUAAUUAAACUCGGCAGUCAUACCAGUGUUUACUAACAGUACGUGUAAGUAGAUAAAAAUUUUCAAAAAUUAUUUAUGUUUUAUUAUACUCACAAAAGCAGUUAAAUAACAUUUUUUUAUGAUUAGUUUUUAUAUUCAAUAUUUAAAUUCGCAGUAUUAAAAAGUAAUUUAUUAUAAAUAAAUAAUAUACUUAAUUGCAAAAAAAUGUACUUUGUAUAGCAAUUAAAUGGGAAUUUAAAAUAAUUAUUUCAUAAAUGAAAAAAAAUAGUUUCAUUGUUUAUUUGAAAUAUAAUGUAUUAUUAUUAUUCAAUGUAGUUUUGUAAAUAUUACACUUUACAAUUAACUCAACAAUAAUUGUAAUAGUAAUAAAUAUUAUUUAAUUAUAGCAUUAGCAUUGUGUUAAAAUUAGUCAUAAAUGUAAUUUGCAUGUAUUUUUUCGAUUUUAUUUAACAUAGUUAUAGACUACAUCUGUCUAGUGUAUACAACGCAGUCCUCUUGUUAAUGUUAUUAGCUUUUGUAAAUAAACUGUAUAAGUUUAAUUCAUGUUGAACAAAUUUAAAUAUUAUGUCGAUGCACUCAUUGCCUGUUCCUGUACUAUAAAACUUCAUUUAUUAUUCUACAUUUGUGACUGCUAACAAGUAAUUAAAUGUGUAACGAUACAUCCGAACUGUCAUAUUAAAAAUGACACUAUAAAACUACUAAUACCAAGUCAAGUACCACUGUAUUAAAAGAGAAAAAUCAAAAUAAUACAUUAAUUUUCGCUAAUGGAUACGGGUCUUAUAAAGUAUAUUAACGUAUUGUUUACCAUUCGUUCCAAUUGGAUUAGUACAUGGUAUUAUUUCGAAUUAUUAUAAAACAGAGUUCCUAUACAUAUAUUAAAGUCAAAAGAGACGUUUCUUUUUUUUUUGUUGUUUUUAUUUUAUGUGUUUGAAAUACCUAUUCUUAAUCUAUGUUAGGAUUAGAACCUUAACUUGGGUUUUGAUUGGGCACAGAUCGGAUGUAGCGGUGUAUAAAUAUUGUAUGAAUGUAACGCUUGUAGAUAUUUCAGUAGGUAUAACAAUCGCUCGCAUCACCAGUUCGUGUCAUUAUUAGAAAUAAA